AUGCCUAAGCGAGUAUCGCGCGACGCUGUCUAUGAUGAAAAUAACAAGCGAAGAUUCCAUGGAGCCUUCACUGGAGGGUUUUCAGCUGGAUAUAACAACACGGUGGGAACGGAGGAAGGAUGGAAGCCAACCGCAUUCAUAUCAACACGAGAGCAGCGUGUGGAGUUUAAACAAUACACUAAGGACGAUUUCAUUGAUGAAGACGAUAAUCCGUUGGUGGGAAGCAAUUUGAAGGCACAGAACAUUUUUUCUAGUGGAAGAUCGGGUACGACCAACACUGUUGCGAAGGCAAGUACUGUAAACUCGAUUCUGCGAAAGAAGAAACACUACUAUGGCAUAGGCUAUGUUCCUAUUGAAGGUCUACACACAAAUGCGUAUCUAUUGGAAGAUGACCGAAAUGGAGUGAUGAGGAUGGAUGGAAUUUUACAUGAAUCGUCUGUAAAUACGUCGCGAUUUGGAAUUUCGGCGCUAGAGGAUGCUGAUGAUAUGGAUGUCUAUGCGCACACAGAUAUGCGACAAUUUGAUCUGGAACUGGAUGUUUCGCACCACCGAAUUCGUGACAUUGAAAAUCCAGAGGAUCGGCAUCAUCGUCAGCAUCGUGCUUCUCGCACAGCUGAAAUCCCCGGCUUUUGCUACGCUGAAGAUAAAGACAACGGGAAAACCAAAACAAAGAUCUACCCUCCUCCUCACGUUCCCAGCAGUUUCGUAGAAAAGCACGUUUUCUCGAAGCCGCUCGAUUGGAGCUGGGUGAUCAAUAAAGGUUGA